CAGCGAUUGGAAGGGAGUAAAUUCUUAUCGUGCUAUUUAUUUAGAAACGCCAAUUAAUUAGCUGUUGAUCCAUGUCGACUCGGGCCUUAAUUGUUUCUCAAUAAGAAAAAACAAUCAAAUAUUUUUAGGCGCCGUCGUACUCCACAUGACUUUUCCCUUAAGUACGGCGCGGGCAUGUUUUUACUGAUUACUCCUCGUAGAUGCCGCUGUUAUAUUUAAUUCACACAUUCAUUGGCAAACCAGUUAGUCAACAGAUAAACUCGCGGUUGAUGUAUUUAUAUUAUCAUCGUAAACUUGACCUCAGUUCGUCAACUACCACCGUCGUUAGCUGUUUUUAACGAAAAUAUUUUUAUUUCUUUUAACUUCAUAUUUAUCAAAACUAUGAGUGUAGCUUAUACAGCCUUGAAUCAAGGACAAGGUGACAACAAAAAGAACGAACCGAGUGAAUCUCAUUCAACGGCUAGUGCACCCAUGGCGAAGGUCGAGGCGGACGGUCUCGACGGACCCGAAGAAGAAGUACAUCGCGUUGGUGGUAAUAAUUCCGAAACGGUAGAACCUACAACACCUAACAUAGCUAUUUCGGAAGCUCCCGAUGACGAAAAACCGAACCACGACCUUUCCUACGAUCACCUCGAUGGACAUUUAGGAAAUCAUUUGAACAACAGUGAUCUGCAUUAUAGACCAGGGACACCAUCUUCACUUAGAUCGCCUAACAUAGGAGUUGGAUUGAAUUUCGAUACAGAAUUGGGAAGUUUAGCUGGGGAUACUAUACCAGAUAUUAAUGUUUAUCAACAUAAGAAAACUUUGGCUCAAGGUAUGAUGGAUUUGGCUUUGUUUUCGGCCAAUGCGAAUCAAUUGAGAUACGUUUUGGACAGUUAUCAGAGACAUCCUUAUUACUGGCCCAGUUUUAUCUUUAUCGUUUUGAGUUUGUCAAUGCAAGUUAUGGUGAGCAUAGGAUUAAUAUGGAAUUCCUUGUACAACGUCUCCAAUGAAAAACACUUACAUUCGGCAAAUAAAAUUAACAAUUUCACUGUUCUUGGUACUUUCUUAGUUGUUGUUAUUAACGUUUUCAUUACUUCUUUCGGAGCCGUUACUCCACUGGAAGGAUUUCCGCAAGUUUCCCUGGCGCCAAGAACUUCGGAAUCAGCAGUACUUAUGCCACUAAUAUCUCCCAAUACAUCAAUGUCUAGUUCACCUCUAAUGGAUAUGAACUCUUCUAGUUUAUUAGGAAGUUGAAUAGUAUGAGUAAAAUAUUAUAAAACUAUGGGCUACGUUACUUUGAAUUAGUGAACACAUACGAGGUCUGGCUAUUAUAUAACGAGUUUGCUCGCCUAGAGGGCACUCUAGACGGGUAGUGCAUUGGGUAUCUAUAGAUAUUUUGUCUAUGCACGUCUCUCAACACAUUUCCGUCACCAUUAACAGUAUUUGUGUAGUAGCGGUUUGUUUUUUUCUCGUGCCGAAAACCAUGUGUGACGUAAAAAAAUUCUAUAACUCGUGCGCGUGUUUUUGAGCGCUUGAAUAAGCGCUUUAGUGAGUGCCGAGAGAGCACUGAAGAUGACCAGCGUCCAGGUCGCCCUGUGACUGUUUCAACAACGGAAACAAUGACCAAAAUCGACCAAAUUGUGCAUGCAGAUCGUCGAACGAGCAUCCGGAUGGUUGCCGAGGCUGUAAACGCCGAUAAAGAAACGAUGAGAAACAUUUUGCACGAGGAAUUACACACGACAAAAGUCUAUACAAAGUUGAUGCCAAAAAAUCUGACUCCUGACCAAAAGCUCUUGCGUCAACGGGUCUGCUCAGAUUUCCUAGAAAGGUUAGAAAAAUAUCUGCUUUGGAUUUUUAUAAUAAAACCCUUUUUCGUAACCAAUCUCGUUAUUUAAUAGCCAGAUCUCGUAUUCGUACAGUAGUGCACUGAAAAUUAAAUAUGUAGUAUAUAAAUUACAGCGAUAUCGAAAAUUAAUGUUUACCUGUUUUGCAUUUACAGUAAAUCCGGCAGUAAUUUGAUUUCAAUAACUUUUAUUACAUGAAGUUCAACUUUACGAAACAAAGCAGAUUCUUAAAUAAUUUCAUAAUGUACCUGUAUGACAAUCGACGUUUAGUUAGGUUAGUUUAAAUAACACUUUUUUCCCAGUAGAGAAAGUUCAUUUGAAAUUUAAUUGAAUAUACACCGUAAAAAACUGAAUUUUAUACAAUCACAUUAAUAAAUAUGAUACUAAUAA